AACAUUCUCCAUGCUCUUCUCUAUUUAUACUCUCUGAAGCACAUAGAUAUUAAGAAGAAGAACAUCUCGAUCUAGAAGAAACAAGCAAAGAAGAAGAUGGCAGGUGGCGGCGGAGUAGGCUCCCGGUCACUCGAGGAAACUCCGACAUGGGCUGUCGCCGUUGUUUGCUUCGUCCUCGUCGUUAUCUCAAUUAUCAUAGAGCAUGCUCUUCAUCUUCUUGGCAAGCUUCUAACAAAGCAUAACAAGCGUGCACUUUAUGAAGCAUUGGAAAAAGUUAAGUCUGAGUUGAUGCUGUUGGGUUUCAUAUCUUUGUUACUAACUGUGGGACAAGGAGUUAUCUCCAAGAUAUGUGUGCCUAAGAGUGUAGGAGAUUCAUGGCAUCCAUGCAAAAUGAAAAAUGACACAAAAAGCAUAACUCAAGAGCACAAGAUUGGCAGGAGAUUGAUGCAAGAUGCAGACUAUAACCCGGGAAUUUACCGACGAAGUCUAGCGGGUGGUGGAGGCUCUGAUAAAUGCAUAGCAAAGAACAAAGUGCCACUGAUUUCCACUGAUGGAAUUCAUCAGCUUCAUAUAUUCAUCUUUGUUUUGGCUAUCACUCAUGUUCUUUACUGCAUAACAACCAUGGCUCUUGGUAGAUUAAAGAUGAGGAGAUGGAAAGUAUGGGAAGAGGAGACUAAAUCAGCAGAGUAUCAAUUUUCAAAUAAUCCUGAUAGGUUUCGGUUUGCAAGAGAGACUUCAUUCGGUCGUCGGCACUUGAGUUUCUGGAGUAAAAAUCCCAUCCUCAUCUGGAUUGUAUGUUUCUUUAGACAGUUCAUUCGAUCGGUUUUUAAAGUUGAUUAUAUGACACUUCGGCAUGGAUUUAUCAUGGCACAUUUGGCUCCACAUAGCUCAACCAAAUUUGAUUUUCAGAAAUAUAUAAAGCGAUCACUUGAGAACGAUUUUAAGGUUGUCGUCGGAAUAAGCCCAACAAUAUGGUUCUCUGCAGUUGUAUUCUUGCUAUUUAAUACUCAUGGAUGGAACUCAUAUCUUUGGAUGCCAUUUAUCCCUUUGGUGAUUAUUUUACUGGUAGGAACAAAACUUCAAGUGAUUAUAACAAAAAUGGCCUUGCAAAUCAUGGAGCGCGGUGAUGUUGUUAAGGGUAUGCCUGUUGUUCAGCCUGCCGACCAUCUUUUUUGGUUUAAUCGUCCACAUCUUCUACUCUAUCUUAUUCACUUUGUUCUCUUUCAGAAUGCAUUUCAGAUUGCUUUUUUUGCAUGGAGUUGGUAUGAAUUUGGAUAUCCUUCAUGUUUUCACCAACGCAUCGAAGAUAUGAUCAUAAGAAUUUCAAUGGGUAUCUUGAUUCAGGUUUUGUGCAGUUAUGUAACUCUUCCUCUGUAUGCAUUAGUAACACAGAUGGGAUCGAAAAUGAAGGCGACAAUCUUUACUGAAAGAGUAGCAGUUGCUCUUAGAAAAUGGCAUCAAACAGCUAAAAAACACUUGAAAGAAAACCAAAGAUCAGGUAGCAACACACCAAUGUCGAUAAGUAGACCGAUAACUCCAAGCCAUGGAUCAUCACCAAUGCAUCUCUUACGAUACUAUCGAAGUGAAGUAGAUAGCCCACAAGCUUCUCCGAUGCGGCAUUAUGCCGAUGACAAUCACUUUGAUAUUGAAAGAUCGCCGUCACCGGCACAACACACUGUCUCUGGCUCUAAUGCUCAGCAUCUCAAGGCCAAUCUGCAGCAAAUGAUGAUGAGAGAAAUGGAAGAGAUUUCAAGCAAUUCAAGAACAUUGCCUUCGAAAACAGAUGAAAUUCAGAUUCAUGUCGACAACAACGGUAGCAGUGAAAGCCGUGAAUUUUCAUUUGAAAGAAGAUGAUACAGAGUGCAAUUAAUGAACAUUUGAUUCAAUGAUUUAUAGAAUUAAUCCCAUAACUGGUGUAAAUUACACCUUCGAAAUUUUGCAUUUCUGUGUAAAAUGUGAAAUGGAAGAGCAUAGUUAUUCAAAAUAUGAAAAUUCA